UGAGACCGCUCCUCAAUGAUCAGCCGCAGCGCGUUCGGCUCCGCUGUCUGCUGCCGUCUGUUGUCAUAGAAACGGCCAUCAGCCGAGAGACGAAGGCUGUCCUCCACAGCGCCAGCGGAAACAAGACCAGUCGUCGGAGCCUGGUCUGGUCAUCAGGACGAGAUGGAUCUGCUCGAGCAGCGCUCCGCUCAGGAGGAGCUCCAGACGUCUCAGAGGACAGAUUGUUUGAACGACGGAGGAUAUGAACUGCAGAAUCAUCAGAUGGCGACGGACGUGGAGAAUAACAUCACAGUGAACACACAUCCUCUGGAGAGCACAGUACUCAUCAUCCAGCAUGACUGGCGAGACUUCCUGCAGACACAGGAUAUCCUGGAGAAGAGAAGCCCCUCCCCUCCCUCUGAGUCCUCAGACAAGAUGAGCACGUCCAUCAGCAUGACCACCCUAUCAGACGGCAGCACCCCGGAUUACCGGGAGGAUGGCAUGGAUCUGGGCAGCGAUUCCUCCAGUCGCUCCAGCUCUGAGUCCAACUCCAACAAGGUGACGCCCUGCUCCGAGUACAAGUCCUCUCCCAGCCUGGAGCUGGCGGGGCUGGAGGACUACGAGGAGGACGAGGACUGGGAGAGGGAGUACACGGACCCCGGCCCUCUCAGAGCCUCCUCCGGGCCCCGGCAGCCCGUCCAGAUCAAGACUAACAGAGCGGAGAACGUGGAGGAGAGCCAGCUUCCGGCCAUGGACUGGGCAGCUCUGGAGAGACACCUGGCCGGCCUUCAGUGCAGAGAACAGCAGAACCACAACCACGGCCUGAUCCGGACCAACUCCACCAACGCCCAGAAGAAUGAGCGGGAGUCUAUCCGUCAGAAGCUGGCUCUGGGCAGUUUCUUUGACGAUGGCCCAGGAAUCUACAGCAGCUGCAGCAAGAGCGGCAAACCCAGCCUGUCGUCACGGCUCCAGAGCGGGAUGAACCUGCAGAUCUGCUUCGACAACGACAGCGGCAGCGACAAAGACAGCGACGCGGACGACAGCAAGACAGAGACCAGCCUGGACACUCCGCUGUCUCCCAUGAGCAAACAGAGCUCGUCCUACUCAGACCGAGACACCACGGAGGAUGACUCGGAGUCUCUGGAGGACAUGGACUUCUUGAGCCGGCAGAAGAAGCUGCAGGCCGAGGCCAAGCUGGCCCUAGCGAUGGCCAAACCCAUGGCCAAGAUGCAGGUGGAGGUGGAGAAGCAGAACCGCAAGAAGUCUCCUGUGGCCGACCUGCUUCCUCACAUGCCGCACAUCAGCGAGUGUCUGAUGAAGAGGAGUCUGAAGCCGGCGGAUCUCAGAGACAUGACCCUGGGUCAGCUGCAGGUCAUCGUCAACGACCUUCACUCGCAGAUCGAGGGUCUGAACGAGGAGCUGGUGCAGCUGCUGCUGAUGAGGGACGAGCUUCACAUGGAGCAGGACGCCAUGCUGGUGGACAUCGAGGACCUGACCAGGCACGCUCAGAGCCAGCAGAAGCACCUGGCCGAGAAGACGCUGUCCAAAUGAAGCCGCUGUCCACACCUCCACUCAUCAGUAUAGACAGACACCUUUCCUUUGCUUCUGUGGUUCAUAACUGCCGACCGCUCACGUCCUCACACACUAAACGCAGGCCAGAGUCCAGAUCCCCGCCGAGAAGCGUCAGAACAAACACCUGAAGAAGAGCAGAACGUUUGGACAGUAUUCGAGACGCCUCCGGAGCCGGCGACGGAGAGGACCCAUGCCUGCCUUGUAGUCGACUUAUAGCUUUUGGUAACGUUCACUCCGAUUGGUCUUCAACAUUUUGUGAAUGUUGAUUCUGACACGAGUCAUCCGAAUAAGUGUGUUCAUAUCAUUUUCAUUCUAUUGUAUUCAGAUUCUUUAUUUGAGGGAGAUGCUUAUGUACAGAUAUGUAUAAAAUAAGAAAAAAUAAAACUUUGUUUCAUA